AAUCAAAUGUAUUUUAGUUAGAUUUCUAAAUAAAUAUGGCGUAUCACUAACAGUAUUGAACUUGGUCGCAAUCACAAUUUAGUUUCCUAAUAUUGUUAUAUAAAUAUCAAAAACUUUUGUUUCUGACAAAAUAUAGAGAAUAAAUAGAGAAAUUAGCGAUAUUAUUAAAAAGAAAAAAAUGUUACGCUUAAUUUGGAACGAUUUAUUAAAACAGAACCAGAAUUUAGUGCUAUUACGAUGCCUAAGCACAAAGGCAAAAAAUAAUACAUCAAAGAUAAACGUAAAUGUUGCAGGACUUAGUGAGAAGUGCUGUAAAGUUCCAAAUAAGCGUAAGACAAAUAUACUUGCUAUUUAAUAAUCAUUUUCUUUU